AUGCCAGGGAUGUGGGCAGUCAACAGCGGUGCGACGCAUCACAUCUGCGACGACAAGGCCAAGUUUGCAAGACUGAAUGAGCGAGAGGAAGGCGAACUAUCAGUGGCAGAUGGCAGCAAGGCACCGAUCAAGGGUGUGGGAACCAUCAUGGAACAAGUGGUUCUGCCCAAUGGUGACGAACGCGACAUCGUGUUGGAAGGAGUGAAGCUUGACGACCGAAACUGGGAGGGAUGCUGGAAGUCCACUCGGAAGACCGGAGAAGACACUUGGGGGUAG